AUUAAAAAGUUGGCUAAGAAAGCUAGAUACGUAUUAUUUAUUAGUCUGUGAUUAUUUUGUGCUUGGAGUUUAUUUUUCUGGAAUUUUUGCAAUUUUAAAACACGAAAAUGGAGUUAUCGGCAGAAGGCAAAACUCCUGAGUAUAUGGAGUUGGCAGGUAUUAAAUUCAAACUUAGCUUGCCACAAUUCAAAGAUAACCCUCAGUUAAAAGAACAGCUCUUACAAGGAAUAAAGACAGGGUAUAUGGCUCCAUAUUACAAAGAAGUUUGUACUGACUUGGGAUGGGCUUUUGAUCAGAAAUUGUACGACUCCAUGACAAAGGAAAAUACAGAUAGGCUUUCUAAAUUUCAAGAAGAUGAUUCAGAGACUCCAGUCUGGCAAGAUAAGCUAGAUUACUUGUGCUCUAUUGGAGAUAAAGAAGCUGCUAUUGCUCUUGCAACUACUAAAUAUGAGGACACUACCCUCACCACUAAUAGAAGGCUGGAUGCUAUAUUUGCUAUGUUUCGUAUAGCAUACUUUCAUGGAUGCAAUGUCAAGGAAAUGGGCAAAGCAAUUAAUAAGGCACAUGAGUUAGUAGACAAAGGUGGUGACUGGCGCUCUAGAAACAAAUUGAAGGCAUAUGAAGCUAUCUACUGCCUUGCAGUCAGAGACUAUAGUCGUGCUGCCGAUCUUUUUAUUGAUUGUGUGUCCACUUUUGAGUCUUAUGAACUAGUUGAUUUUGGAACAAUUAUUCAAUAUUGCGUUUUGGCAUGUGCAUUAGCACUUGAGAGACAUGCUCUCCAAGCUGCAUUAAGGAGGCAGGGUGCAGCAGUGCAAGCAUUGCGGUCUCGUUUCCCUGAACUUAGGGAGCUGGUAGAGUCUCUACAUGAGUGCAGAUAUGCUGAUUUUAUGAAAAGUCUUGCUUGGGUAGAAACACAAAUCUGCGUUGACCCAGUAUUCCGGCCACAUUAUCAGCAUUACGUGCGCGAGGCGCGCAUCAAGGCUUACGUACAGUUAUUGCGCGCUUACCGCUCUCUCAGUCUGGACAACAUUGCGGACACAUUCGGUGUCACCCGUGAAUUCGUUGAAGAAGAGAUCUCUAAUUUCACCGCUGCUGGUAGGCUACAAUGCCGUAUCGACGCAGUAGCGGGUUGCGUUGUAACCGGUGCAGGACGCGGCGCCGACGCAGAUCGCUCUCAAUUGUACCAGGCGACCAUACGCGAAGGCGAUCUCCUACUCAACAGGGUCAAGAAACUCGCGAGCGUCAUCAACUUCUAAGCCCUAUGCGCUCCUGGUACCUCUUACUAGUUUCUUAGUAUUUUCUUUAUAUCAACUAAGUAUGAAUUUGGUAGAUAUACACAUAAUUCAUUUAUUUUAUUGUAAUAAUAGUUGUUUGGAACAAGAAUAUUUGGAUGUUCUCCUAUUUGUUUUAAGUGAACUAAAUCUUUUGUAUGAAUACAAAAUUCCAUAAUUAUAAACAUUGAGUGAAUUAUAUUAAGAUCAGUCUGAGCUAAUAAAUAGUUAAAUCUU